AUGAGUGCCGGGGACCCCGUGGAGGAACUUACUUUGCAGUUCUCUGGUCUGCAGAUCACUGUACGGCGCACGCCGGGCUCUGUCGGCUCUUCUGCUGCUGAGUCCGUUGCGCCUCCUGCAGCCGUUGAUCAGCGACAGCCUUCCGAACGCGACUCUUCGACUUCAGGUGCCCAGACCUCAACUGGACCACUUGCUGGGGAAGUUUCCCCCGAAGUUCGGACUAGUUCGUCUGGACUUCCCAUCGACACCGACUCCGAGAACCGCCUUUUGGAAGCUUCUACUGUGGCUGAGCUUGCUGCUCACGAUCUCGGAACCCAUCGGCACUUGGCUUCCGGAUUGGCAACAGUGGGCUCCUGGACUCCUGAGGCCCGAAUCGCCAGGGCUCUGAGGGCUGGCAUUGGUGCCCGGCUCGUGCUUGCAGGCAGGACCCAUUACCAGACUGCCUCACUUUCGCUGCCGUUGAGGAAUCGCUGCUACGUUGUGCUUCGGUGCGAGGCGCGACCUGAGGGCUUCUACACGGAGCGGCUGGGAUCGUUUCGCCACUUCGUCCCCAAGGACGACCGUGGCCGAUUGGAGGCUGGCUCCGUCUGCCACGCCUUUCCUUCCCGGGCCGAGGCGAUUGCCUUCGUGGCAGCAGCACAGCGGCCAUGGCCGGCUCGUGACUGGGAUGGCGCCGGGCAAGCCUAUGCCCAUCAUCUACUUUGUCGACGGGAGCGAGCCUGCAGCCUGGCGAGCUACCUCAUUCCUGGUUCGCUGCAGGACAAAUGGGUUCAUGAUAGCUGUCCCAACCGACAGCUGGCGGAGAUGUCGGACCCGGCCGUGCACGACCAUCCUCUGCUUUAUGUCGAGACCUCUGUGGAGGUGGAGACACCGCGGCGGAAGAGUGCUGGGCCGAUUGUCAUCUUCCUGGUGGACGUCCCUUCACCUGCUAUGCGCUUGUUCCCCACUUCGGGCCGCGGGGCUUUGGAGCUGAUUCCUCUGACUGGCUCCUCGGGCGCUGUGGUCCGGCCACUCCCUGCUGCUGCUCGUUCUGCUGCCGAGGCUUGGAUAAACGAGGCAGCCGAGGACGGAGAGCCGGAUGGUGGGCUGGCCGAGUACCUGACUGCAGAAAGCCACGCUGCUUCGACUCCUGGCUCGGCUCCGCCUGCCGCUCGCGAAGAAGGGGCUCAGCCAGGCUCCCCGGCCGACGAACUCGCUCGACUGCGCGAUCGGCUGGCCUUCCUCGAGUCUCAGGUUCGUGGCGCUACUCCCAAGGCUGCUGCUGCAGCGUCUCCGGCAGGGCCUCCUCCUCGACGUGGAGCUCAAGAGCUUUUCCCACCCGGAGACGAUGGGGCCGGCACGGGCCUCACCGAGGACGAUUGGAAGCGGCUACGCGCCACAGCGGGCGCCCCUCCUGGACGGUUUCGCCUCGACGACGACACGCUCUACGCAGAGGCUCAGGCUGGGGCUUUGGACGAGGAGACCGUGGCUCAGGACCUCGGGGCAUCGGGCAGCGAUACUUUGCAGCAGCUCCUGGCCAUGCAGACUCAGCUCCUUGCUCGAUUGGUUCCCCGGACACCGGCGGACCCGAUCAGUGCAGCCUUGGGCUCCGGGGGGUCCGGAGCCAGAGACGAAGGCAGUCUCGGCUCGAGAGGCUCCGUGGCUCGGGAGGCCUUCGUGAAGUUGAUGGCCAACGACACUGCAGUGGCGAGUGCAAUCAGGAGUUUGGCGGCCGCCGAGCUUGGUGUACAAGAGGCCGCCGUCCACCCUGGUUUAAUGCGCGACUUCCUCGAGCGGAAGAUGCCGCUGGCCGACCAUCGGCUGCUGACCAUGGUGAGUUACUUUGCUGCGUCGGCGUGGGAGCAGAGCAGGAUCACAGCCAGCUCCGAGCUGGAGGCUUGGAGCGCCAGGCCUCUCCUUUUCUGCGAGCAGGCCGCGUUGCAGGACGGGCGCACGUCCCUGGCAUGGUUGCUGACGGGCCUGGGGGAGCCCAAUUGGGGUUUACUCACCCGGCGGAGGUCUCAGAUUCGUCCGUUCGCCAGGUUGUGCCCGGCCAGCUGGGUAUCAGCCAACAUCGCUUACCUCAAGGAGAUGGACUUCAUAGGCACAAAGAUGGCUCCAGGAGCGACCCGUGGUACCGACCAGCCGCAGCCCAAGGAGACCGAGGACGCCGAACCGCCGUCGGGGAGGAAAGACCGGAGAAGGCCAGUGAUCGGGGCGGGUUCGGACGACGCCCGCAACUAUGAGUCGGAUCGUGCAUGUCAGUCCCGGGCGAAGCUAGGGACUGGUCGCUCGGAGCAGCGGCCUAAUUCAUUUGAAUCUUUUGCUGAAGCCAGGCCUUUUUCGGUUAGUGCCUGCACUGCGUCCUUGAAGGUUGCAGCUUCCGAGUUGGGGGCCCCUGGUCCCGAUUUGGCCGCCUCGCCCUUGCCUUGUGACACCAGUGCCCCGCAUCAUCCCUGCCAUGCCGAUAAGGUCCCGAACCCUAGGCCUUCCGACAUCCUGUUGCAAUGCUUUCCUAGUGGGCUUCCUUCGGAUGUUGUUCGUUUUGUGCCCUGGGUUCAGUCUUUUUUAGGGUUAGCGGGUUCUGCUAGAUGCUCCUUAGGCGCUUUUCUUCGCAGUUCCUUCAGCCCUAGCGCCUCCCCCAGUGAGCCUCCGUCAGUUGCGCGAGGCGACCCGUGGCCAGUGCCCCCGCCCCCGAGGUGGCGACGGACGGCCGACAUUCGUACCUACGGCCCUCGGCGCCGGCAUAAGUGUAAGUUUCAUGUACUUGUGCGCGACCUAGUACGAUUUUUAGUUGGGUGCCUUAAUUGGUUGGUCCUCGGCAAGCCGUCUGUUGCGCCUCCUUGUGCCCGCGCCCGCGUCAGUGAGUUUGCCGCGCACCAGAGCGUUUUGGAAGUGAUCGAGCAUCAUGCCUCUUACUUUGCUCGGUGCGGCGACUUCACGCCUGACAGCCUUGGCCGGGCCGAUCCAGCAGUGUCCUGUAAACCGGUGAAAGCCGAUCGGAUAAAGUGGUCACUGCCUCCUUCCUUUGAUCCUUUGCCAUUCUUGAGUGAUCGAGCAACCAAGGCUUUGUUCCUUGAACCCACUUGUUUCGACCGACCUCUUGAAUCCCAGCCUUCCGCUAAGCCUGCCAAAGUACAUUGCACUCGUCAGGAAUUGCUUCGGCUCGCCCGGAAGUGGGAUGCCCACAAGGCGCUGAGCCUUUUCCCUUGCACCGAAGUUGACCAUGAUGCUGCAGUGGGGAUUUUCGCCAUCACUAAAGAUGCCCACUUUGAUAGGCUUAUCAUCAACCCGAGUGUAGCUAAUGCUAGGGCCGUUCCCUACAGUAACUUCACAAAGCUGCUUUCCCCAGGCUCUCUUCUCACCUUGGUUGCGUUGCCAGCUGAACAGUUCUUGAGGAUGUGCGCUGAUGAUCUCAGCGAAUUCUAUUAUACGAUCCGCGUUCCCAGAGCUCGAGCCUUGAGGAAUUGUGUGCGCAUGAAAUUUCGCCCUGAUGAGAUCAAGCACUUUUCAUGUUACGACCCUUGCAUUCACACUUCGCAUGUGUAUCUCGGUCUUAAUGCUUUAGCCAUGGGUGACAUUCAUGCUGUAGAAUUCGCUCAGCAGUCCCAUUAUAAUGUACUUUACAGCUUAGCUCACGCUGUACGUCCCGAUGAGUUUGUAGCCUAUAGGCUACCGUUUCCGCGCUCUCGCUGCAUUGAACUCUUAGCCAUAGACGAUCAUGUGACCGCUCAAGUCUGCUCUCGUGAUCAAUUGAAGCGCAAACUUCCUUGCCGAGACUCGGAGAUUUUUGCAGCGUCGGAGGGCGCCUACAUCACAGCGGGCAUGGUGCAGCAUCCGAAGAAGCGCCGUCGGUAUGAGACCCAAGGGGUUUACCUCGGUGCAGAAGUGGAUGGCAUCGGUGGGUUUGUAGGAGCGCCCCGGCAUCGAGUGGCCGUCCUCAUGGUUCUCACUUUGGCCAUCGCGCGUCGUGGCUUUGCCUCCGGGGCUCUGCUCAGUUCGGUGGUCGGCCUCUGGAUUCACGUGGUCAUGUUCCGCAGGCCUGCUCUGGCGCUGUUGAAUCACGUGUUUGCUGACGCAGCCCGCUCACCGGACCAUGUGGUGUUCCGAUUGGCUCGCGAAACCGUGAAUGAACUAAUCGCUUUGGCGGUCGUUGCGCCAUUGCUGUCUUCGGAUAUCCGUGCUUCAUUUUGCCCUGCUGUCUUUUGCAUGGACGCCUCUCCCGACGGAGGUGGCCUAUGCAGUGCUCCUUUGCCCGCUCAUGCGGUUCAGGAGCUUUGGCGUCACAGCGAGCAGAAAGGUUUCUACACAAAGCUUCAAAACCCAGCUGGGGCACUUCUGGAAACCCUUGGAUUGGACAGUGAACCUGCUUUUGGAGCUGAGCCUCCGAAGUUCCAUUCCGAACUUUUUCCUUUGCAGCGCUCCCUGUCGGAGGGCUUUCUCUGGGAUUGCAUCGAAGUCUUUACCAGUCAGCGCAAUUGGUCGGUUGCGCAUGCUGCUGCUGGGCUCACGCUUUUUCCAGUCUCGGCUGACAGUGGGCGACUCGUGACGGGCUGCGUGGGGGACCUGUCUGACGCGGCUUUCUUUGGUGAGCUACGCGCUUUGGCGCUGCGGAGGGUCAUUCGUGGAUGGCACGCUGGCCCCAGGUGCUUCUCUUGUGACUUGUGUCGUGAAGCUACUGAGUUGCGCCUCGGGCGCCGCCUAGGCUUUCUGAUGUCUCUGGUUCUCACUUCAGGUUGCUUUUUCAGUAUUGAGCAGCCGGUCGGCAGCCCUCUGCUACGCCUGGACUGCUUCCAGCGACUUGUGAGUUUGGGUGCCGUGCUGACGCCUUUGUGCCACUGCAGCUUCGGUUCUCCCUUUAAACGUGCCAGCCUUUGGUUUCACAAUAAACCCUGGUUGGUUAAGUUGGCAGCCCCGUGCAGCUGCUCUGGGAGCCGCGUGCACUCCGACUCGACUGGCUCUUUCACUACUGAAGGAGUUGAUUGUCUCAGCGCACAGUGUUCGCCGAGCGUCGAGAGCAUCUUUGGCGGCGCGCCUUGCGUGGGAGACUCCGUGUCUGACUUUGCGGCCACGUACCCUGUGGCACUUGUGCACAUGAUGUCGGCCGGCAGCAGACUUGCGCGUGAUGGGAUCGGUCGGCCUAUGCCGUGCUCCGCGACAUUCGAAACCCUCGACCUCUUAGGCCUAGGUGGUUUAGUGUCCUCCUGUCCCCCUACUGCGGUUUCCCUAGACUCCCGGCCUUUCCAUGAAGACCCAGAGUGGAUCUGUGAGCUUGCGCGAUCUCUUCCUUUCGUUGAGCUGCUUCGCUUCCGUUUCCGAAAGCGCGGUCACAUAAAUGUGCAAGAAACGCGCACGUACAAGACGUGGUUGAAGUGGUGCUCGCGCCGCCAUCCGCGGAGCAGGUUGCUUGGGCUCAUUGAUAGCCGGGUUCUUCUCGGGGCUUCUGCAAAGGGCCGGUCGAGUAGUCCAGCACCGUGCCAGGUUUUGCAGUCCUCUUUGCCAUACGUGUUGGGCGGCGGGCUCUACCCAGGUGGUCUACAUGUUUACUCGGGGGACAACGCGGCCGACGGCCCUUCGAGAAAUCGGAGUGUCCCCUCGCCUUCGCGUGAACGGCCUCCUUGGCUGCGAGAUCUGAUCGCUGGCGACUCUUUUCGUUUCGACGUUGUUACGCCAUCUUCGAGAGUUCCAAAGCAGGCUGCGCGCUGGCUCCGACUGUUGCUUCUUCUCGGUGGCGACAUUGAGAGGAACCCCGGCCCGCCGCCGCUCCAGCCACGUGGGGAGCUCGACCUGCAGGCAGGCUUUGCUUCGUCGACUCGCCACAAAAUGGCCAAGUGCCUGGAGGGCUUCUCCCGUUGGCUGUUGGUUGAGUUUGGCCUGUCGCUCUUAACAGUGCUGUCGGAGGUGUCGGCUGCCGCCUUAGCUCUGAGGGCCUACGGGCUGCACCUGUACAAAACCGGGAUGCCUCGCUAUCUGCUGGUCUACGCGAUUACGGCAGUCGCUGACUUGAAGCCGGAGUUCCGUGCUCAUCUCACUCCGGCCUGGCAGAUUGACAAAAAGUGGCAAGCAGUUGAACCUGGCGAGUGUCGUCCGGUGAUCUCGCUUCCGAUUGUGCAGGCUGCCAUCUCGGUGGCUCUUUUGUGGGGCUGGUCGGACUGGGCAUCAGUUACCCUAAUAAAUUUCCUGUGCAUGUUGCACCCGUCCGAGAUGAUACCUUUGGUCCGCAGUGACUUGGUGCUGCCUCAAGAUGCUAUGCCGGAGGACGCUGUGGCAUUCGUCCAUGUCAGAAAUCCCAAAACGGCGCGCUUCGCUCGCCGCCAACACAGCAGACUGGAGGACCGCUUUGUUUUAGAUAUUUUGACAGCAAGAUAUGCCCACCUUCCUUUCGAAGCUCGGCUGUUCCGUGGCUCACUGCAUACGUAUCGUCGCCAAUGGGAUGCUAUCAUGUCUCAUCUCGGCGUCCCUUGCCGUCAGGCAGCUCGUGGGGCGACGCCGGGCGUGCUCCGAGGGAGCGGAGCCACAUACCUUUAUCAGGAAACCGAGGAUUUAGGUUUAGUCGCUUGGCGGGGUCGUUGGAGUAAAGUUAAGACUCUAGAAUUUUACCUUCAGGAAGUUGCAGCUCAGUUGUUGCUCCAACAGCUGCCGGCUUCCGCUCGUGCCCGGAUCGCUGUCUUGCGAUCGUACGCGCGACGUCUCAUGCUUUGGUCGCUUCAGGGCACUCACCUGUGA